GUACUCGAGAAGCUGCCUUUGUACACUCUAUCUCUUCUGCUGGGGUGGCCCAUGCAGUUACUCGGGCCUGCAGCUCAGGGCAUCUACAAAAGUGUGGCUGCGACCGGACAUGGUCAGGCUGCUCGGACAAUAUCGCCUACGGCAUCGCCUUUUCCAAAAUCUUCGUGGACGCCCGAGAACGAGGCAGCAAGAACCGAAGUAGGCCAAGGUCGAUAAUGAAUUUGCACAACAACGAGGCGGGCAGAAGGGCCAUUGAGGACAACAUGAGAGUCGAAUGCAAGUGUCAUGGAGUCUCGGGGUCAUGCGAGUUGAGGACCUGCUGGAGAUCCCUUCCCGUCUUUUCCACAGUCGGAACCAUCUUGAAGGAAAAGUUCGACGGCGCCACAGAGGUCAAGCCUCUAAACACCAACGAGCUGGUGCCCCUCAACCCUCAGUUCAAACCCCACACAGAUCAGGAUCUAGUCUACAUGGAUGCCUCGCCGGAUUUCUGCGAGGCAGACGCGAAGAUUGGCUCGUUGGGUACCCACGGUAGGUCUUGUAACAAGACUUCCAAAGCCAUGGACGGCUGCGAGCUUAUGUGUUGUGGCCGAGGCUCGGUGAUGAGGCAGGUGAAGGUUGUUGAACGCUGUAAAUGCAAAUUCCACUGGUGCUGCAGUGUUCGGUGUAAGACUUGUGAGCGGGUUGUGGACGAGCAUACGUGUUUGUAG